GACCACUACAGUUGAUUCAGAAUGCUGCAGCACGACUGGUCUUCAAUCAGCCAAAGAGGACACAUGUAACCCCUCUCCUAGUUACUCUCCACUGGCUCCCUAUAGUAGCCAGAAUUAAAUUUAAAUCUCUCACUCUGGCCUAUAGGACACUGACUGGAUCUGCUCCCAGCUACUUCAGUUCUUUAAUCACGAUGUACAUUCCCAACCGCCCAUUGCGAUCUUCUGAGGAGCGUCUGUUAUGUCGACCAACCAUACAUGCUAGGUCAAAUUGUAGAUCCUAUUCUUCAGUGGUUCCAUGUUGGUGGAAUGAGUUACCCAGUGCUCUCCGUUCCAGCAACAGCUUUGGAUCUUUUAAGAGGGGUCUUAAGGCAUAUUUAUUUAAUAUGCACUUAGUCCUUUGAGUUUGUGAUGUGUUAUGGUUUGUAUAAUAGUAUUGUUUUGUUAUAAUUUGUCUAUUGAUAGAAUUUGAAAUUUAUUUUGCUAUUGUCCUUAAAUUUAGCCAUACCAUGCUUUAGUUAUUAUUAUCAUAUAUAAUUAACUGAGUGACUUAUUUGAUUGCUAUUCUCAUUUCACUGUUUUAUUUCUCAUUAGGUUAGUGCUUAAAAUUAAUUAUUGUUCUACUGAUAAUAUUACUAUUCUCCCUAGUUUGUAAUUGUUCACUGUUAAUUUAAUUUGUAUUGUUAUUUAUUUGUAUGUCGCUUUGGACAAAGGCGUCUGCUAAAUAACCAUAACCAUAGCCAUAGUGAUGUUGACGUUCGUUCAGUGUGCGCGCGUCUGCGCUAUUGUAACUGAACAAUUAGAUAACGUGGGUAGAAGCAAGAUAACGUGAGUGAAGCGGAUUUUUUGCUUUUCAUGAAAACAUCAUUGGCUAGAGUUAGUCUAAUAGAAUCACAAUGGAAUUAACAGGUGUUUGAGAGUUGACACUAUUGUUGCCUGCCACUGAUUCUUGAGAAUUUGCCUAAAACAGGUUUUAAUUUAGAAAAAAAAAAGUUAGUUAAAUUACAAAAUCUGAAGGUAUGUCAUUAUAGACCAAGGUCUUAGCUGUUCAGCAAUAUACCGAUGCAACCUUUCAUAAAAUAGGCAUUUUUCCAGUACUUAUACAACGUUUUUUUAGGCCUAAAUAAAAAAAGUAUGCUUUUUUAAUCCAACAACCAUAUUUUUGAAUUAAAACAGACUAUUACUUUAAUAGCUACACCACUGAAGAAACAUAUUGUAAGCAUAUUUAUUUAAAACAAAUAAAAAAUGAAUCUGAUGGUGUGACACUAAUCUGACGGUGUUGACAGUGGUUUCAUUACAACAUAAAAUUCCAAAAUGAAUACCACUCAAGUCUUGCUUGACAACUUUAUUUAACUAUUUGGUCCAAAAAGCCUCCGUUGAGGACCAUUUGGAGGCUUUUUUCACCACCGUUAAGCAGAAAACCUGACGGGUGACAUCUGACGGUGGUGACAAAAAUCUACUCUUUCACAUGAUAUGCAUGAAUUGUUCACAUUAUCCACCCUGUUUGCAUCCUAUUGCUGGCUACUUCAAACCUCUUCUUAAAAAGUAAACAUUUAUUUUAUAAUCUAAUCUAAUAUUUUGUAUACAAAAGAGACGGUGUUGACAUGUUAUGGUUGUGACAGUAGCAGUGUCCAAAAAUAUGAACAACUUUAAGAGAAAAUAGCAAACUAAUGGGAGCUUGAGUGAUCUUAAAGCAUGCAGUACGGCUGAAGGUUUGAAAAUGAGGUCCUCAAGAAUGUAGUUGACCUUGUAGUUGCCUGAUUUUAUUGCCUUUUAUAAAUAUCUGACGGUGGUGACGAAAAUGUGGGACACAUUUUGAGCAGCCACGAAAUAAUAGUAAAUAUUGCUCAAAACGUACUGUUUAGAGCACAGGUGUCAAACUCAAGGCCCGCGGGCCAGAUGCGGCCCGCCACGUCAUUUCAUAUGGCCCGCGAGAGCUUUAAGGGUCUGAUACAGUAUGUGGCCCGCGAGAGCUUAAAAGGUCCGAUACAGUUUUUGCGUAUAGGCAAUACACUGCAAUACAAUGCACGCAUGUGAGACUGACAGGGAAGCAACAUCAACCACCUUCCUCUAUGAUCAGUGCAACUGGCUACAUCAGAUGUGAUAGCAACGUGUACGUGUGAAAACAAAAUAGACCCGUAUUCUAAACUAUUUUAGCGAACGGAGCGCCUAAAUUACGCGCUCGGUUUAGCCUGCCUGUGAAACGCAUGAUUGUUUGAAGUGCGUGUGCUUCUUUGAGAGGGGAAUCGAUGUAAGUUGUAAACUACGUGAUACGUUUACGUCUACGUUUAAAAGGCAUGUAUAAUUGUGUGUAGUCCUAUUAUCCAAAAAUCCAGCUCCAAAUCCUUGCUAAUCGAGCAAGUGAUUGUUUGGCCAAAAGCGAAAAUAAGCCUAUUCUGACCGAGAAGAGGUGCAUUCAUAUCAGGCAAGCAGAGGUAUGCUAGAAGUUUGUAGUAAUCGCCCUGUUGCUUUGCAUUUUCAUUUCAGUUUAAAACGAACAACAUAGAAUCCACACAACACCUUUCAACUUUAAAACUUCAGAGAAAAAGUCCACCGGGACUGUUCGCUUCUACUGUAUGUGUAUGGAACGGUGUAGGCUAGUGACGCAUUUCAUAUGGAUGCACUUUUUGACAUGACAGUUAGCCUACUCGUUUGCAUCACUUGCUACAUGUAAAACUGCAUUUCGUUACUGGUAUUUCACUCGUGCAAUGACAGUAAAGUUGAAUAUACUCGAAUCUAAAAACUCAGAAAUAUGAAAAAAAAAGAAUCCAUGGCAUGAUCUCUUCCUGACUGACCAGUGACCCUCAUUGAAAAGUCAAACUGUAUGGAACUGACAGUGGUGUUUUGUUUUUACAAAACAUAACAAUAAUAAAAAAGAACAUGUCAUGCUGAUACUUUUUGCUCUUCUCGAUUUUAGAAGUUUUACCGAUGCUAAAGAUUUUGUGGCUGGUGCUACAAAUCUUAGAAGUUACAUCUGGCCCUUUGAGGGCAACCAUUGGGCUGAUGUGGCCCUCGGUGAAAAUGAGUUUGACACCCCUGGUUUAGAGUUUCUAAUACAUAAUACAAUGUACUCUUUCAUGUGGUAAAGAUAUCAUUAAAUUAAAUGAUUGCUUUUAGUGUUUUUGAUCAAGUCAAAAUGAUUAUCUCCUAUUCGAGGACAACUGAUUUUGUAGGGUAUGGGCCAGCAUAUAAUCAUUAAAUUAAUACAAAAAUAAAAUAAACCUUUAAAAGAGCCUCACAUUUGUGCAAAGGACCCCCUGAUUAUAACCUUGAUUCUUUUUGUUCAUGGAAAUGGUAUUAAUUUCCAACAGAAUCAGCACUCUUAGUGAGACAUGUUUUAGGCAAAUUCUCAAGAAUCAGUGCUGAUAACACAAUUCCCAUUCCAAACAUUUUUCAUUGAGGCAGGCUUCAAAAGAUUAUUUUGAAUGUUUAGGGCCUUUAGCCUAUAUGCCGAGGCUCCUUACAAAAUAUAGUCUAUUGAAGCGGAGGCCUAUCAUUCAUUAAUAGCCCAGUGCAUGGUUCUCACGUAGGGUGAACUGAGUACAGUUGAGACACUUUUUGCGUUUUGAUUUUGCACACAAAAAUAGAUAGUGGAAAGAAUUUCCACAUGACAUGUCACACGUUUUAUGAGCGUGUAGACUUAAAUAUUAUAAAUCAAUAAUACCCAUAAGUAGUUUAUAUUUUCCACAAUUAACUCAUAAACAUAGGGUGCAUUUUUGUCUCGACGGCGUCUCAACUGUAGCCUACCCUAUGAAGUACAGUAGGCUAAGUAUAGUAAACCGUUCAUUGCAACAUUUUGUGAAUAAACCCCUAGAAAUUGCAAAAUGUUUUUAAUUGAACUUCAUUAAUUUAAUUUACAUUAGCAUUUUGUUAAAGGGGUUCGAAACAUGUACAAAACAUGUGACGCAGGAACAGAUAUGGCCACCGCACAAAUGGAAUGUUGGAGUAAUGUCUCAACUGUCCCCCGCAGAGCACCUCGCACAUUUCCCUAGAUUUUGCAACGACCUUACAUGACAUAAUGUCAUAAAAUAUGUAAAUUAUCUCUUACUCCUAGAUGUCAAGUUACGGCAAACGGAAACUGGUGGAAUUAUUUUAUGAUGUAAUAUCCCCUUACUCAUGGCUUGCAUUUGAGGUGAUCUGUCGGUACAGGAACAUAUGGAAUAUCGAUCUGAAGCUGCGACCAGCCCUUCUGGGUGGAGUCUAUAAAGGUUCCGGUAAUAGGAGUCCUGAUGAUGUUCCAAGAAAAUUCCACUACAUGGCAGCAGACCUUCUCCGCUUGGGCGCCUACACUGGAGUUCCACUCAGAGUUCCUGCUCAGCCUGUCAACGUUUUGAUGGCGAAAGGUUCUCUGGAAGCCAUGCGCUUUGUGACUGCAGCGGCUGAGAAGGAGACAGGUGGUGAUGCCCAGGUGGAGAAGGUCUCCAGGGAGCUGUGGAUGAGGAUCUGGAGUAAUAGCCAAGACAUCAACCAGCUCACCUCACUUGCAGAGGCGGGUCUACAUGCUGGACUUUCUGACAAGAAAGUACAAGAAUUACUGGAAAUGUCCAGGAGUAAGUCAGUCAAGGACAAGUUGUGGACAACUACCCAAGAAGCCCUUGAUUAUGGGGGUUUUGGAUUUCCCCUCACAGUGUGCCAUGUAAACGGAGAGGCCAAAAUCUUCUUUGGAUCAGACAGAUUUGAACUAAUGGCUCACUGUCUCGGUGAAAAGUGGAUGGGACCACAGCCUGUGCACCCGUCAGUAACUCUCAGUCAACAACCAGCCUAUAUGAGAGCAGCCAUGGCCCACUGACAUUCCCUUUGGACCGAGACAUUGAUAUCUUCUUUAAUGACAGCUUGUGUACAUAUUACAGAUAUUAAUAUAUUUUUGUCAAGUUAUGUCAAUUUAUUUAUAUAUUUGAUGUUAUAAAAUAUGUUAUAUUU